AUGUCGGAAACCGCUCCUGCUGAGACGGCCGUCCCGGCGCCGGUGGAAAAAUCGCCUGCCAAGAAGAAAGCAACCAAGAAGGCCGCCAGCGGCGGGGCGGCGAAGCGCAAGGCUACCGGGCCCCCAGUUUCCGAGCUGAUCACUAAGGCUGUCGCUGCCUCCAAAGAGCGCAAUGGCCUUUCUUUGGCUGCGCUCAAGAAGGCGCUGGCAGCCGGCGGCUACGAUGUGGAGAAGAACAAUAGCCGCAUCAAGCUGGGUCUCAAGAGCCUGGUGAGCAAGGGCACCUUGGUGCAGACGAAGGGCACCGGGGCUUCCGGCUCUUUCAAGCUCAACAAGAAGGCGGCUGCCGGGGAAGCCAAGCCCAAGACGAAGAAGGCGGGGUCUGCUAAAGCCAAGAAACCCGCAGGGGCAACUCCUAAGAAGCCCAAGAAGGCUGCGGGAGCGAAGAAAGCCGUUAAGAAGACGCCUAAGAAGGCGAAAAAGCCCGCGGCCUCUGGCGUCAAAGUGGCCAAGAGCCCCAAGAAGGCCAAAACUGCGGCAAAGCCAAAGAAGGCUGCUAAGAGCCCCGCGAAGCCCAAGGCAGUGAAGCCAAAGGCAGCGAAACCUAAAACCUCCAAGCCUAAGGCAGCAAAACCCAAAGCUGCAAAGGCGAAGAAGGCGGCUCCUAAGAAGAAGUAG